AUGUGUUCCGUUCCAUGUACCCCAAGCUCGGUACUUCUUCCACUCCAAGAGAACAAGUUGAGGGAGUUGGUGAGGAAUGCGAAAGAUUGGGCCAUCAUGCAUGGUGCUUGCAUGAGAAGUAGAUCGAACUUCAGCGAGGAUACGAUCAAUUUUGCUCCUUUCACUUUGUUCCCCACGACCUUUCCGAGAGAACAGUUCCAAAAAGCGGUUGACAUCCAGACUGUUUUUCUGGAGCUGAUCCACAAGGUGGCUCACGAUGGGGCGUUUUUGAGGGAGUGCCUCAAAGAUACGAUAAAGGUGGAUGAUUUCACAGCGAAUCUGUUUAGAAUUUAUGAGACGAUCGAGAAAGAAGGAAGAGCCCAGGUGAGUCCAAGAAACAUGGGAGUAAUUUUUUGA